CAGGUCCUAUCAGUUCCCUGCUACCGAUCUUACCUCUCGCAAAGCACCCAACAUGGAUGACGAUGACGCCGACUACAUGCAAAACAGCGAUGAUGAGGAUUAUGAUUUCGAGUACUCGGACGGCGAGGACGGCGAGGACGCAGGGAGCGCAGACGUGGAGAAUAUGUACUAUAAGGCAAAGUCGAAGAAGGAGGACGACCCUGAAAGCGCGCUCAAGGACUUUAGGGCAAUAGUCGAACAAGAGGACGAGAAGGGCGACUGGGGCUUCAAAGCACUCAAGCAGUCAACUAAGCUUCUCUUUCUGGAGCUUCAUCGACCGGCAGACGCGCUGAAGACGUACACGGAGCUCCUUACCUACACCAAAUCUGCCGUCACACGCAACUAUUCAGAAAAGACUAUCAACGGUAUUUUGGACUAUGUUGGCGGUGGCAAAGGCGGCCCUGUAGAGGUCGACGUGUUAGAGAAGUUCUACCAAGUGACGAAGGAUGCCCUGGUAGAGGCGAAGAACGAGCGAUUAUCCGUCAAGACAAAUCUCAAGCUUGCCAAGCUGUGGCUCGAUAGGAAGGAGUACGGUCGGCUGGCAAAGCUGAUCCGCGAGCUUCACGAAGCAACAAACAGAGCCGAUAGCGAUGACCAGUCUCAACGCGGUACUCAGCUCCUUGAGAUUUACGCCCUCGAGAUACAAAUGUACAACGAAACCCGCAACUUCAAGAAACUUAAGGAAAUUUACAAUGCCUCCAACUCGGUGCGGUCCGCAAUCCCUCAUCCGCGUAUCAUGGGCGUCAUCAAGGAGUGCGGCGGGAAGAUGUGGAUGGGCGAGCGGCAGUGGAACCGCGCUUCCGAAGACUUCUUCGAGUCCUUUCGGAAUUACGAUGAGGCCGGCUCGCAGCAGCGGAUACAAGUUCUCAAGUAUCUCGUACUCGCAAAUAUGUUGAUGGGCAGCGAAGUGAAUCCAUUCGAUAGUCAGGAGACGAAACCGUACAAGAGCGAUCCACAAAUCAAAGCCAUGACGGAUCUCGUAGAUGCGUAUCAGCGCCGUGAGGUGCAUGCAGCGGAGAAGAUUCUGCGCGACAACCGCGCGACCAUCAUGGAUGACGCAUUCAUCCGAUCCUAUAUUGGCGACCUACUGCGCAGCUUACGGACGCAGUACCUCAUCGACCUCAUCAAACCGUACACAAGGCUUGAACUCUCGUUUUUGGCCAAGCAACUGAACGUGAACGUGCCCGAAGUGGAGGAGCUGCUCGUUGGUUUGAUCCUCGAGGGUAAAGUUGACGGCCGCAUCGACCAGGUCGGCAUGCGGCUCGAGCUUGAUCGCAAACAAUCGCUGGAGAAGAAGCGGUACGCGGCAUUGGAGCAAUGGACCGAGACGCUGGAAUGGGUGCACGGAGCCGUAGUAGGGAAGAACGGCACUCAAGGAAGAGGUGGCGAGAUGGGAAUGGGAAUGGGCAUGAACCUCGGUGGCAUGGGCAUGGGUAUGACCGCGGAAGCAUUUGGGGAUAGGUGGUAGAGCAUUCAAUGUUUAGCUGUGCGCUCGGCCCUCGGUCGUCCCGCGCUGCAUCUGGUUGGGGGAGCUU